CAUCGCUAGUGAAAUUUAAUAUAAAAAAUAUUAGUGAUUGAACUUCAGUGAUUUCUAUAAAAUGAUGUCUUAAAUGAAAGACGAUGAUCGUUAUAUACAAUAAAAUUUCCGUAGGAUAAUGAAAUAUUUUCGUUUGGUUCUCAUCUUUCUAAUCGUCUUUUGUUAUGUUAGCACGAUUACGGCAGAGCUGAGAUUUGUUAUACUAGGAGAUUUUGGAGGUACUUCAACAAGACCGUAUUCUUUGAGGAGUCAGAGACGUGUAAGCAUGGAGAUUUCAAAGAUACCGGACGUGGAUUUUUUCGUCGUCACAGGGGACAACUUUUAUUUUAACGGCGUCAAAAACGUGGAAGACUUUCGUUUCCAAGAAACUUUCGAGAAGGUUUACAGUUAUCCCACGUUGCAAAAAAAUUGGUACAUCACGCCUGGCAACCAUGAUUACCAUGGCAACGUCUCAGCACAAAUACUAUACAGUCGAAGAUCGCCACGUUGGAUAUUCCCAUAUUAUUACCACACAAAAGUGUUCACUAUCCCACAGACGAACAAGACUUUGCAGUUAGUCAUGAUCGACACAAACAUUUUAUGCUAUCCAAAACUUGUGAAAAAGCAUAAAACACCCGACAGCGAAGCGCAAAUGCAAUGGAUCAAUGAAAUUCUAAACAAAUCAAAUGCAAAUUAUCUUAUAUUCAUCGGUCAUCAUCCACUUUACUCUGCUGGACAACAUGGCAACACAGAAUGUCUUCAUAAUAAACUAUUGCAUUUAUUGAAACAGUACAAAGUAGAUGCGUACAUCAGUGGUCACGAUCAUAACUUGCAGCAUAUCACACUGGAGAACUCGACUUUGGAGAGUUUCGUUUGUGGUUCAUCAAACUUUUUUUCCAACUGGCAGCCGAAUUUUUUGAAGCUGAAACCAAACAGAUUGAGGGCUUUCUUCGGCAAACAGCCCGGUUUCAUUAUUGCACAUGCUGGUGAAGAAUAUUUAAAUAUUGAAUUGAGAACGAUUGAUGAAAGACAAAAAUACGAAACGAAAUUGCUCAUGAGAAGAAAACUCCUAGAGCACUAUGAUGAUAAAAGACCUCGUGAAAUUUUAAAGCAAAUUUCUCAUACAAGAAAAAUAGAAGAUUUUUUAUUUUAUUAUAUUGUUUUAUAUUUAUUUAUAUUAUUAUGUAUAGUUUAUCAUAGGAAACGAUUUACAUCAUUUUGAUAUUUUUUGUGAGAAGGGUUUGUUUUACAAAUAUUGUUUGAACUUUAAGAAAUUUAUGCUUUGUACUUCUGAAACAAUUCCUACUUCAUGAAAACUGAACCAUUUUAUAAAUCGUCUGGUCAUCAUAUUUUUAUUAAAUUUCACACAAGAAAAGUGCACAAUGUUGUGUACCGUACAUGAAGUAUUGACAUAUGCUCAGCCAUUUCACACAACUAGAAAUAAGACGUGACGUUUUCAAUCUCCAUGAGAUCAUCUAAAAUCUAGAAAAAAUCAUAUUAGACAUUUUAAUUAUCAUUCUUUCUCUCAGUUUAGUCUUUUAAGAGCGACUUGUGUAAAUAAUCUUUGAAAGUGUUUUUUACCUGAGCUGGUGAUACUCCGAUCUUGCGAGUAACCUCUAAUCUUUCUACGGCACCAAGAUGAACGAAUUUACUUAGUAAAUCAAAAUCUAAUAUGUGAUGCUGUGGAUUAUCCAUUGGUCUAUGUCUCCAUCGUAGCUGUCUACAGUUAUAUAGAGUAGAAUAAAUUGUAACUUUGAUUUACUUAAAUAAUUUGUAAUUUGAAUAAUUUGUAACAAUUUGUAACUUAAAUAAUUUGUAAUUUGAAUAAUUUGUAACAAUUUGCAACUUAAAUUAUUCGCAAUUAAUAUAAUUAGUAAUUUAACUAAUAUUUUACUUAAGAAAACGUGAAUUUUUUAAAUAAAAGAAACAUGUGCA